AUGGAUAAUUGCAAGGCAAUGUCUACUCCGAUGGGAUCCGGAUCUUAUGUUGAUCAAGAUGAAGCAGGUGUUUCGAUUGAUAUAACAAAGUAUCGAGCCAAUCCAAAAGAAUCACAUCUCACCGUUGUUAAGAGAAUCAUGAAAUAUCUCAAGGGAACAACAAAUGUCGGCCUAUGGUAUCCUAAAGGUAGUAUUUGCAAUUUAGUUGGUUAUUCUGACGUUGACUAUGCAGGAUGUAAAACUGAUCGGAAAAGUACUAGUGGUACAUGGCACAUCCUUGGAAAUGCAUUAGUUUCGUGGGCUUGCAAGAAACAAACAUGUGUUUCUCUAAGCACUGCCAAAGCAGAAUACAUAGCCGCAGGUAGCUGUUGCGCUCAAAUACUUUGGCUUAAGCAACAACUUCGUGAGUACGGACUCGAUCUUGGAUGCAUUCCUCUUUGUUGUGACAAUACAAGUGCGAUAAACAUUACAAAGAAUCUGGCCAUGCACUCAAAAACCAAACAUAUUGACAUUCAACAUCACUUUCUUUGUUACCACGUGCUUCAAGGAGAUGUCGAAGUCACAUUUGUGGAUACUCAUAAUCAACUUGCCGACAUCUUCACAAAACCUUUGGCGGGAGAACCAUUUUACAAAAUUUGA